UUUUUUAAUUUUAUCGCAGCACUGACAAAGGAAAAGGACUUCAGUGAGGACGUCACCACCAGUCAGCCUGUUUUAUUCUACUAUAAGUAAUGCAGCUCAACACUGUAUUAUCGAUAUCUAUCGUCGCAGUCGCUUUAGUUUAACACGACAUUAUUAAAAUGAUGACGCUGUUGAUCAUGUACAAGAACAACUCAGCUUUUACAACAUUCAGUCAUGGAAACAAAAUGAGCGCUAAAGAACAAGUCUCUUCAGCGAAUCCUUCCGUCAAAGGAGCAGCUGGGUUUUUUGAUACUGCACGCCUUGUCCAAGAAGUACCCUUGCCACCACGACUAGGGUUUCCGGCUGGCUGAGCCUGAGAGGUAUACAAGAAUGUCACAGGUGAACGGCUUAGAGCGAGUUGCCGUCGAUCCGGCAACGCCAUGUGGGCCGGAUCGGACCUCGACAAGCUCCAAUGUCCACGAUUCUUCAGUGUCAGCGGAUUCCUCCAGCUCCAGGACAGAAGUGUCGACUUCAUCCUUUGGCAGGCUUUGUUCAACAAAAGCUCGAAAUGCUGCCAUCUUUUGCGGCGCUUGUAUGGUCUCAGUUGUCACUCGCGUAUCAGCGUCACUGAUGCAGCGUCGAUGCCCGACUCCUCGUGGAAACUUUAUAGAGCAUUCACGAUGCUGCCUUGCGAUCACCUCGAUCAUUCUGUCCCUCCUAGCGGCUGCCAGCCUCCUCGUUUUUCUCGGGAUGUCUCGUGGUCUCAGUCGCUCCAGCCUGGAGUUUGCGAGUGGCGGUCCGACAGAUAAUCCCGCACCUGUGACAGCUGCCUCUGCGAAUGACCUCCGAAAUCUGAACGGGCAUUAUGAACUGCGCGAUGAGGCUGUUCAUUUUGAGACAGAUUUCGGGAAACGAGGGAUGCAGUUUUUCGACGCCGUAUCUCCUGUGAUCGAAACGAGGUACGGGGAAGUCUUCUGGACUGACUUCGGAAAUCUUGAGUUGCCGCAGAACAUCAUCGAGAAAUUCAAGAACGGCGCCAUUGCGAUAACGGGUUACGAACACAAUCAGGUCUUUGCGGACGAUCCUAGCAUCUCCGUUCCGUUCUCAUGGGCAUACAAUCACCACUACGUAGUGUGGAUGACAGCGGAUCCGAUGCAGGCGACGGAAUGGAGUAAAGCAGAAUUGAUGCGACGGUACUUUACCACAGCAGAAGAAUCCGAUGAUCAUGUUAGAGAAAACGGAAGGGAGCAUUUCAAUGACACUCCGAUUUUUGCGAAGAGCGACAAAUCUUCAAGAUUGAACCCGAAAAUGGAGGACUGGCACUCAUUCUCGAUGGAGAUGCAUCACACCGGGUUGAUGAUGCGCGAUAUCAAUAUGACCCACACGCGGGUUUGGCUCCCAGCUCGAACGACAGCAGCAGCUGGCGGAGGGGAUGGAAUCGAAAAUCGUGCUGACGAAACUCGUCUUGUUGAAGAUUCAGUUUCAGAUGCGCAAGUUGGUAGAGAAACAGUGCCGCGCUCACAGUUCAUCAGCGAAGCGAAUGGCGGUGAGAGCAGAAAAAGUUUUCAUGGUUAUCCCCACGGCACUGCCCAACUGGUUCGUGCUCCCCGAUAUUGGCACGUCACGCCGAUGCAGAUUGAUACGCGGAACCGCGAGUGCGGUCUUGAUGCGGCGCUUGUCGCGGAGGAGCGGGAAUUCUUUGAACAAACCCACGAACGGAAGUGCCCCGCUGGAGAAGAACCCAAGCAGGCGCGCUUCGGUAGACGACGAAAUAAAACUUCUGCGCUGACAGGGAGCGGGCCAUCGUCUGGAAAUCGUCCUGGGAGAUCGACGCAGGGAGGACCCUCGUGGGCUAGCUUUUUCACGCGAACUUACAACAAGUUCUUGUCUACCUUUAGAGCGAGCUUUCAUCUAGAGCGAGUUUUCAAGCCAGUACAAAAAUACCUCUUCCCAUCCGGCCCAAAUCCGACAACUCCGACUCCACAGAGCAUUGGCGUCGUCGCCCCAACGAGGAAAGAAAUCAAGGAACGGAGAAUGGCGAACAAUGCAUCGGAAUCUCCAGCUCGUGUACGCGAGACUUUACCAGGAAAUAGGCGACACACAGACUACCACGACCUAAUGCAGGAGGCUCAGAAAGGAUAUUCUGGCUUAGUCGAGUGUCCAUGCACCCACAGAUUUGGCGGUGACCCCAUGAUUUAUGGUGUACAAACACCGACAAAGUCAUUUCGGAAGCAGUUUGCAGUCAAUGCGGAUGCACCUCAGUGUCGCUCAAGUCUUAAAAUCUCCGAAGCUCAGGCUUGUUUUGAUGCGGCGGCAAAACUCUUGCCUGCUGGCAUCGAUCCGGCUGUAGACGUCAGGAAUGUUACCGUGGCACAGCAAGAAACAGGAACAUUGCCCGACAAAGAUGCGGCUCCCAACAUGAUGUCGGCAGUUCUCUCAGGCAACGAGGGGAAGGCCCCACCUGGUUGCUCGGUCCGCUUUUUAUUUGGGAUGCAGCGCUACAGCUACACAGGGCAACGCCCAAAAAGAGCAGCGACUGGUCACUCGAACGGAGAAGAAGUGGGUGACAGGGUAACCGCGAAAAGAGUUGAGAUAAUUUUCCUUGCGUCCGCGCCUUCGCGGUCCCGCUUUGUUGACGUGCCGCCAGUAAGUAAAAGAGCUAGACGGUCAAACAUCCAAGAUGAUGCAGGAGAUCCUCCCUCUUGUAGCAUGUCACCACUUCGAGCGGGAAGCGUGCUUUUCAGCAGUAUUGGAGUAGGAUUAAACAUCACGCUGAAUAGUUCACACGUUGUUCUCGAUCUCGAGGGUCCCUCUGAUGUGUGGUUUGGCGUCGCUUUCAACGCGGUAUUGAUGGCCGACCAGCCGUACACGGUUUUGGUUUUACCAAAGCAGACAGCGACAGGAAAGGCACAGGGGGCAAGAAGAGCAGAAGCGCGAGAUGUAACUAUUCAAGAUAAUAGAGCAGACGUCGUUGAGCAGCAAAUCGGCACCUGCGGAGAGGAAGCAGAACAUUGUCCUGGCCACCGACUGCGGGUACAAUCACUUGAAGUGAUUUCAGAGGAUGUAGUGAGAGUUCAAGGUGCUAACAAAAGAAGGAGGCGUCUACGAAUCGCUCGAAGGCGUGAGGGUGCAACAAAGCAGCAUUACACCUUUGAAGCAGCUUUUCCGACGAUCAAUCUCAUGUCUGCGGUUGGAAAAAGCCCUGUUUUUGCUCAUCAUCGGGCCCACCAGCGGAAGCAGGUGGCGCUCUGGGAUGUUGGUUCUGACGUACACAAUUGCGUUUGUGUUGACGACCACGCGCCAGGACUACUUUGCGACAGGAGCGGUCUCAACUGCGAGUCAUUCGUGAAAAAAUGCGCGCACGCUUGUCCGGGAUCUGUAUCUAGCCUCGAAGCAACCUGGAGUCAAGUACAAGACCAUACUAGUGCAAUCAAAAGGGAGGCACAAUUUGAUGGUGGCCUUGCAGAAGCACCAAAAACAACAACACAUGGAUCUUCCUCAUCGUCAUCUUUACUGAGUAGAAAUGAAAAUCCUCCGAGAGAGUGUGGGGAUCUUGUGUCUCAGCACAAUCCGACUUGCUCCAGUUUACACUACGUCGGCGGGCUGCAGUGCUGUCGACAUCGGGACAUUCUGCUAGAUCAUGAGCAGAGUGAAGAGCAUGUGGACGCUAACAGUGCACUGCAUUCUCGAGCACACAAACAUCAGGAAAGGCAGUUACUGAGGUAUCGUCUCCAGUUUCGUUUCUGGUAUCAGGAGUACAAACAGCAGAAGGUGGAUGCAACAAAUAAACCCCAGAAACACAUCUCGACUCCCGAUGCUGACCACAGCCAAGCUGCGACAAUUGUGGACAGUCAAUUCCAAAGCCCCUUACCCUCUUCCGCCGUGUCCUCAAAAUUUUUCGCCUCUCACCUGAACCUCGAGAGGCUGUACUUUCAAACUGAAGCAGCAGCCGGAGAGUACGAUGUUCCCCCAGCGUUUCGGCUUCUGGACGAGAAACCGCUCGUCGGAUUUCCUGAUUUAAAACCUGGAGAAGUAUCGCUUGGCACGACUUGCCGAUGUCGAAAAGCCGACUUACUUAGCGGGGAAAGACCGAAAGAACCACUUGCUCGCUUGAAAGGGCAUACUGCUGUAAAAGGAGAUAUGCAUGUUGUAAACACUGGGCUUCCACCAGAUGAUCGAACAGGAACACUAAUGGACAUGGCUAGCGGCUCCAGUAGAGAAAGUGUAUUUACUGCAGGACAGACUCUUGCGCCUUCCAUACUUGCUGAGAUUUCCUCCACGAGCACGCAUCCGGAACUGCAAGAACCACUGUGCGAAUGCGAACACAAGAUCGAAUACCAUUUUCCUUUCGAGCGACAGCGGUGGGCCUCGUUGGACGAUUUGGCGGCUGCGCUCUUGCAAAGAAACUACCCAGACGAAAGAGUCGACAGCGAGGCGAAUUCCCAACCGACGACGAAAAAACGCAGCAUGAACAUGAGGGGUGGCGUCUAUCUUAUUUGGGCCAAUGGGCAUUGUCAUGCACCGUCAUGUCUGUCCAUGGAGCUUCGGCGUAAUGACACCGGUGAACUGCUCUGCCGCCAGGAACCGAUUCUCGGCACAACGUGGUCUACAGAUGAUGUUCUGAUCGAGCCUGGCUUUGUGCACAUUCCACCUUGUGUUUUCGCGAAUCCGGCUAUAGACGCAUCGCUCCUUCAACACCUUCCAUCUGCACCCUACAUCCCCUUUCACGCACCUCUCGUGUCGGUCAAACGCAAUCGAAACACAGACAACGGACACUACGGCGAGAUGGCAUCUUGGCAAAUGCGCGCGAUUCCGGAAGACGCCUUCCAGAAGAAACAACAAGAAUCAGGAUGAGACGAAAGAACAUCUUCUUGUCCUUCAUCUAGAAGCGAGCGAAAAUGUUACACCAGCGCCAAUUUUAUGGUUGGCCAGCCUUCCUUCCCCUUGGUGUUAUGUCAAUUCUUCUGUGCCUUCGCCUUUGAUGCGUACUUCCUGUACUAAACGAACAGGAUUCUACAAGAAGAAAGGAGCUAUUGCAAAUUUAAAGGACUCUAGACUUCCCGACCCCAGCCCCGAGCGGUCUCUUUUCAACAAGGUUUACCAUAGAGCCUUUCGUCCAAGAUUUAAGAAAAGCUCCUUCAUCAUUCUUGUUUCGUUUGAGCAGUACUGUUUCGUAUCUUGUUUCGUGGUCACAAUUCCCUUUUCUUGAUCCAUUGUUCUCCUCUCUGUCAGAAAAAGAAUGGUCUUGGUCUCGAAUGUGCAUGUUCUUCUGCUCAUCCAUGGAGCGAUCGAUUUGAACGUAAUUGGUGGUGAACAGAUUAGUGGCAAGUUAGUGCUCGUCCGAUCGGUCUUACAACCACUCGAAGAUAAUGA